GUCAACACUCUUUGUUCGAUUCCAUUGGACCAAUUGGCGUGGAGGGGGGGCGGAGUCUGCGGCAAAUGAACAAGCAGCGAGCUGCGGCGCGAGAGGAGAGCAGCAGAGAGAGGACGCACACAUCCAUCCUUCCGUCCUACCUAUCACCGUGUAUCGCUGUCUGAGGUCUGUGCCGCGAUGUUGGUACUGGAAGUUGUCUCCCCGCUCCUCCUCCUCGCCAUCCUGUUGCCGGGCUACGGUUGCCGGGCGGCGGACAUACCGGAGGACACUACGUCGGAGUUCUCGGUCCGACUGUACCACCGGCUGCAGGCGGCGGGGGACCAGGAGAACAUCAUCUUCUCCCCGCUGAGCGUGGCUGUGGCCCUGGGGAUGGUGGAGCUGGGGGCCGGCGGGGCUUCACUGGAGGAGAUCCGACAGGCUUUAGGAUUCAGCCACCUGCAGCCAGGCGCUGAGUUCUCUUUGCUGCAAAACCUGACGGCGGCGCUGUCAGGCAAUGACUCCCACUAUGUCAUCAGAUUCGCCAACAGCCUUUUCCUGCAGGAAGGCGUCGCCUUUAACCCGGAGUUCCUGCACCAAAUGCGGAAGUACUUCCGGGCUGAUGUGGAAACGGUGGACUUCGGCGAAUCAGCAGCCGUGGCCGAGCAGAUCAACAACUGGGUGGACAAUCACACUGAGAGCAAGAUCCGUGAGCUGAUGUCAGCCGAGGACUUCAGCAGCGUGACCCGCCUGACCCUGGUGAACGCCGUCUACUUCAGGGGCUCCUGGAAAAACCAGUUCCGGCCAGAGAACACCAGAACCUUCUCCUUCAGCAGAGACGACGGCUCUGAAGUCCAGACGCUCAUGAUGUACCAACAAGGAGACUUCUACUAUGGUGAGUUCAGCGACGGCUCGCAGGAGGCCGGCGGCGUGUACCAGGUGCUGGAGAUGCCCUACGAGGGGGACGACAUGUCCAUGAUGAUCGUUCUGCCUCGCCAGGAGGUGCCACUGGCUUCCCUGGAGCCCAUCAUCAAAGCGCCCCUGCUGGAGGAGUGGGCCAACAAUGUCAAGCGGCAGAAGGUGGAAGUCUACCUCCCCAGAUUCAAAGUGGAGCAGAAGAUCGACCUGAGGAGCAUCCUGCAGGAGCUCGGAAUAAAGAACAUCUUCACCAACGAUGCUGAUCUCUCAGCGAUGACAGAUGGAAAGGACCUGUACAUUGGGAAGGCUGUGCAGAAGGCUUACCUGGAUGUAACUGAGGAGGGGGCGGAAGGAGCUGUUGGAUCAGGUAUGAUCGCUCUGACCAGGACCCUGGUGCUGUAUCCGCAGGUCAUGGCUGAUCAUCCGUUCUUCUUUGUCAUCAGAAACCGGAAGACAGGGUCCAUCCUCUUCAUGGGCAGGGUCAUGACCCCUGAAGUCAUCGAGCCCAACGACCACGACUUUGACUCCAUGUAACCGCUGUGGAGCUCACUCGAGAUCCUGACGUCAUAAACGCUACCUAUCCUCUAUCGCCAUCUUCAGCUGUGUUUUAUACUCUUUCAAAUAUAUAUAUAUAUAUACAAACUGAAUAGUAUACAAUACAUUAUAUAUUGAAAUAUGACAUACGGCAUUUGUGUUUUGAUACUGGAAGCUUUAAACUCCUGGAUUCAGACAUGCAGGACAAGGGCGCUGUACAUAUUCUCCGGUGUGGUUUGUUUAUGAGAAGAAGAGAGGAAGGACACACGAUAUGUAAUCCGCGCACAACCCCUUUAAGUUCAGCAGCUUUGCGCUCACUUAAGCCGACACAUGAUGCACAAAAACAAUAUUCUCUCUACUUCUAAAAUAUUUACUCUUUCUUACUCCAGAUGCAGUAUGUGCACACUGUAGGUUUCACACUAAUGAUAUACCAAUACGUUUGACAUUGUGUUAUAUGAAUAUCCAUAAUAUAUAUACUCCGUAUUUAUUGCAGAAUAUGUGCAAACAUUUCGUCUCAACAUAAUGAAUCUUGGUACUAUAUCUGUUCCAGACAAAAUUCUAAGUUUUACACGGGCACAUGGCUAAACUGCUGCUGUACUAAUAUGCCUUAUCAUAUCUCAGUGGUUGAAUAAGGCCCAGAUGUGCAUCACAGAGGUGAACAGAGGUGACUGCGUAACUAAGGCGGGUUGCUAUGGAGACGGACUGAAGCAUGCAGGCACACUGAAAAAGAUCUGCUGCACUGUAUUGGAUGUACAUCCAGGGAGAAACACCAGCUGUAUUCAGUCUUCUACUCAAUAAAAACAUGGAUGUGUUCCCAUUAAAAAAGA